CAAAGGAAAGACCACAUUACUGAAACACAUCGCCAACAGAGCCCUCAGUAUUCCCCCCAACAUUGACGUGCUGCUGUGUGAACAGGAGGUGGUAGCUGACGACACGCCGGCGGUGCAGGCGGUGCUGAAGGCGGACACCAAGCGCCUGAAGCUCAUGGAGGAGGAGAGGCAGCUGCAGGCUCUGCUGGAGAAGGGAGAGGACAGCGUGGCUGACAGGCUGGACAAGGUGCAAAAACUCACUUAG